AAAACUGUUUGUAUUUUAAAGAUUUUCCUAUGUAAGCAUUUGGAGAAAGCUCCCAAGCUAGAUGAGCAGAAUAGGAUCAAUGCUCUCAAUGUGAGCCAAAAGGGAAUAUUAUUAGGUUUAUUAAGCGCUACCCAACCUUGUUACCCGAUCCAGCCCUCUCAACCAUCUACCAUGAAUCACAGUAACUUAUCUAGGCUCCAAUUCCCAUCCGUAGAUUACGAAGAACUAGAAAACUUUACAGGAAUUCGAGAUAAUUGUACUAAAGAUGGGAUUCCGUGCCAGCAUAUUUUCCAUAACGAGGGUAGUAACCCCAGUAAUAAGACUCUUCAAGAUCAGCUUAACUUCACCAAUUGUCUACUCAGAUUCCUUCAAGCCCGUACCACAAACAUCCAAACUAGUCAUACCCUGAUAUAUCCAUAUCUGGAAAGGCUUAUAGCAAACACCAGUAAAAUUCCAGCUCUUGACUCAAGAAUCUCUGCUUUAGAAGUUAAGCUUCAACCCCUUACUGAAAUUGAGACAAAGCUUAAUAAAAUUCCAAGAAUCUCUGCUUUAGAAGGUAAGCUUCAACACCUUCCUCAGAUUGAGAGAAAGCUCGAUAAAGUUCUUGGGAGAGUUGAAUUCCUCAUCAGUAAGCCAGAACCCUCCAUUGCAAUACCAGCAAAGCCAAACGACGAUGGCGUGCCCAUUGAACCCAAACCAGACAGGUAUGUAUACUCACCCAGUCCAGUUCGAAGAAUCAAUUGGACUAAUCAAGACUGAGCGGUAAAGUCCGCGUAAACAAAACUCUAAGUAUGUGUUGUGUAGGUAAAAUAAAUGUAUCUACCUGUCAAUGACCAUGUGUUAUAAAUGGUUAUACUGGUAGAAGUUUCAGUAUCCAUGGGUUGUCAUGUACCUCUCUCUUUUCAGUCAUUUAAAUUUCCGUAUUGAGCUGUCCACUCAAUACGCGUUUUGUAAUCCUGUAUAACGAAGAAAACUCUUCGUAUGGUUGCUUAUUUUAGCUCAUACUCUGAAGCUCUGUAAUAUCUUUGCAAGCCGAAAGGUUUAAGCCUCUGCAAAAUAAAAUUGGUUUGGGCCGUGCUAUUUUGUUUC